AUGACUGAUUCUCAUUUUGGAAUUAUUCGAAGACGAAUGGGUGUAUUAAACGGUAAAAAGCUAAGUAUUAAACCCAUAGGAUAUGGCGAAGGAAAUUAUUUACGAAAAUUUUCCACUGCUACGAGCUUACAUGGUGUAAUCUAUUUAGGAGAACCCAAACGACCGUAUUUAGAAAGGAUAUUUUGGAUUUGUGUCAUAUCUUUGGUGUUUCUUAUGUGUGGAUAUCAAAUAAAACAGUUGUAUAACAAUUGGAUGGAAGGUAGUAUCAUAAUAAUACUGAAUGAAAGUAUUAGGCAUUUUUCUGUAUUGAAUGAUGAUGUACCGUUCCCUGCAAUAACAAUAUGUAGUGGUUUACAAUUGCAAAACCUUGACAAUUUGACGAUCGUAAAUCAAACGUUUAAUAGAGAAUAUGAAGACAGCAUAAACUUAAUAUGUGAUGAUUAUAAGCCUAAUUUAAAUACUGGUCAACGUUUUAUAAAUUCAAAAACUUGGGAUUUAUUACUAAACGCUCAUAGAGUUUUUUGUAAACAACAUGUUAUUUCAAUAACUUGGGUCAGAGAAAAAAUCUACGUACCUUGUCAAUAUUUCCAACCAAUAUAUACAAUUUACGGAGUUUGUUAUUCAUUGAAUAUGAUUCCUUUUCAUCAACUGCUUGAUAAUGGUUAUAAUCAAGUGUUAUCGAAUUUGAAUCAUAUUAAAGCAGAUAUUAUAACAAAUUCAAAAGAAACUGCAUGGAAUCCAGAAUUUGGUUUUAAUGAAAACGCACAGACAUUUAAUUUACCAUGGAAAGUUAUAGGUGAUACUGUCGAAGAUUCUAUUAUAAUGAGAUUCAAUUUACAAAAUGAAAAAACUGGAAAUCACUGUCCUAAAACUGAUAAAGGAAUGACGCUAUUUUUACAUAGUCCGGUUGAUGUGCCUGCUAAUAUUAAGCCUACAGCUUAUAUUUCUGUGAAUAAUAUAGCUUAUAUCACAACAACAUUUACUUUGGUAUCAAUAUCUGAAAGUAUAUCUAGUUGGAAACCGGACAUUCGACACUGUUAUUAUCAGCAUGAGAGGAUUUUAAAGUUUUUCAAAAUAUAUACAGUUAAUAACUGUGAAAUUGAGUGUAGAGCCAAUAAUUCGUUAAAGAUGUGUGGUUGUGUGGCUUUCUACCACCCAAGAUAUGUAAACACUCCAAUUUGUGGUUCUGAAAGUUACAAAUGUAUGCUACAGUAUUCAAAUAAUGGUUAUUCAAUCUUUGACAAUAAUGUGUUUAACAUAAAUACUACAAAUCAUUGUAAUUGUUUAGAUGUUUGCUCAGAACUCAGAUUCAAUCAUAACGUUGUGUACACACAUAAGAAUUUAACAAAGAACGUUAAAAACCCCCAAAAACGAAAUCGAUUGAAAUCGAUUGUAGUUAUGUACUAUAAAAGAAAUUUGCGGAAUGUACAAAGAACUGCUUUAAUACCAGUAAAUGAAUUAUUAGGUAAUAUUGGUGGAUCCUUAGGAUUAUUUCUUGGCGCAAGCAUAAUUAGUGUGUUUGAACUUAUAUACUUUUUUGUGGUACGAUUAUACGUUGAUCGAUGGAAUGAAAAAAAAAAAAAAGAAAAAAUCAUUCCUACGCUUAUUAUCCAAUCGCCAUAA